CGGCGCGCGCCAUGAGCACGCUCACCUCGCUCGCCAGCGCGGCUCCGUCCGCGAGCGUCCUCGACGCCGCCGGCACCACAUCAUCGGCAUCGCAGGCAUCGGCAUCGCUCUCGUCUGUCAUCGCCUCGGCGUCGGCGGCACUGGCCAGCGAGGCGGCGCUGGCGUCGGGCAAGAAGAGCACGCCCAAGGCCUUCACGUACAUCGGCAUCGCCCUCGCCGUCGCCAGCGGCCUCUUCAUCGGCAGCAGCUUCGUCUUCAAAAAGAAGGGCCUGCUGCAGAGCCAGGCCAAGUUUGGGCAGCAGGCCGGCGAGGGGCAUGCGUAUCUGAAGAGCUGGCUGUGGUGGACGGGCAUGGUGCUCAUGAUCCUUGGCGAGGUGCUCAACCUCGUGGCCCUCUCGAUCUCGUCGGCGCUGCUCGUGACGCCGCUAGGCGCGCUCUCCGUCGUGAUCUGCGCCAUUCUCUCGAGCAUCUUCCUCAAGGAGAAGCUGACGCUGUUUGGCAAGGUCGGCGCCUUUCUGUGCAUCGUCGGCUCGACGGGCAUUGCGCUCAAUGCGCCCGUGUCGCACGCAGCGGGAGACAUCGAAGAGUUCAUGCAUCUCUUCAUCGCGCCGGGCUUCCUCGUGUGGAUGUCGCUGUGCAUCAUCGCGAGCCUCGGGCUCGUCUUCUUCGUGGCGCCGCGCUGGGGCAAGAAGCAGGUCAUGGUGCACAUCACCAUCUGCUCGCUCACCGGCGGCCUCUCCGUGUCGUGCAUCUCGGGCAUCGGCUCGGCGGUGAUCCUAACGAUCCGCGGCGACAUGCAGCUCAAGCACUGGUUCUUCUACUUCCUGCUGGCGUUCGUCGUCAUUACGCUGCUCGUCGAGAUCAACUACCUCAACAAGGCUCUGGAACUCUUCAACACAGCAAUGGUCACGCCCACGUACUACGUCGUCUUCACGUUCUGCACGCUCGUGUCGAGCAUCAUCCUCUUCCAGGGCCUCGACACGACGGCGACGGGCAUCAUCACGAUCGUGCUGUGCUUCCUCACGAUCUGUUCGGGCAUCACGCUGCUGCAGCUCAGCAAGAUCGACCCGGCGGACCUGACCAACGCCGACGGCUCGCCGCUGGACCGCGAGACGACGCUGCUAAUCCGCGCCUCGCGCUCGCACCUCGCGCACGAGAAGGGCCUCGACGCCACGGCCGAGGAGCCAGGGCCCGACGCCGUGCGCGGCGGCCUCGGCGUGCUCGGCUCGAUGGUGCGCGCCCGCAGCCGGCGGCGGCUGCACGCCUCGUCGGACGCCUACGCGAUGAGCGAGAGCGGCAUGCUCAACACGUCGAGCAGCCGCGACCUGCAGCGCUUCGAGCUCUCCGACUCGCCGAUGCGGCGGCCAAGCGACGCCGCCCUGACGCUGCCGAACAUGCCCUACAAGCGCGACACGGCCAUCUCUUUCACCGAGGAGAGCAAGCAGCCGCACGGGCAUCACGCAGGUGAGGCGGCAUACCGCACCGAGGGCGGCCGCGGUGCGCAGGCGGGCAUGGGUGCAAUCCGCGAGGGCAGCGGCGACACGCGCGACACGGAGGACACCACGCCCUCGAUCCGGCCGAUCAAUGCGCUGCGAACGAUGUGGGACGACCCACAGCCGCGCGACUCGUACGACCACUCGCCCGCCGUGCACCGCGACGAAGAGUCGCACGACCGCAGCCCCGAGGAGGAGCACUCGCACAAGUUCUUCCCGCAGCCGCGGCGCAACGACCCCGACUACGAGGAGGAGUCGCAGCUGCUGCGCCCGCGCAGCGGCACCGUCGACUCGGACGACGAGGAGGAGCGGCAGAAGGAGCGCGCGUCACGGCGACGGUAGCAGCGCCGGACGCUGCCUGCUCGUGCGCCGUGUCAUUCUUCACCAUGCUGAGGAGGAAUGGAGAUUUGUAUUGCUCAAAGCACACGCAGCUCGCAGUUGCUGAGCGCGAGGACGGAAACCGGCGCUUGUCGCAGCGGCGAGAGCAUCAUUGCUGGCCGUCCGACUUGUGCACCUGGUAGCCCGAGGGCGUCGUGUAGGUCGAGUUGCCCUUGCCGUCGUUGUGAUAC